AUGCUAUUGCACGAAUUUGUCACUGCACUCAAUCAAAAUUACCCGCUGCUCCAUUCGACCCUCGAGGUUCACGACUUUACACGAUUUGUUGCAUUGGCCGCAGAGGUAGCUAACCGCGCUAAAGGGCUACUCAGCAAUGAAGCCCAAAUCAUCACGCCAUUCCUACGCAAAGCCUUGCACUUAUCUCUAUCCAAAGAGAUGUGCUACAACCUCUGGCACGCCACCUACCCCCUCUUCACCGCCACCCACAUACAACCUGGCCUUUUGAUUCAACGGCACGGCUAUCAACCAGACUUGUCAGUCAAGAUACCUGAAUAUUACCUGGUCUCGCCGGUCAAGCAUUGCUUGACGUGCCCCAAGCCCCACAAGUUGCACCUACGCUCUCGAAUCGACGGGUACCUCUACGAUGUGGACGGUGUCCACACCAUUGGUAUUGUCACCCUCAAAUGUCCAGGUUGUCCCACUUAUUACCGCCCAAGCUACUAUUCAAAAAAUCGUGUCCGCACCUACUACUCCUCGAACCUCGGGCGGAACCAAGAGACCUACCAAGUAUCUUGUCAUUUUUUCAUGACCCAUCGACUGGCGGAGCUACUCAGAGAAGGCACGAUGCUUGCCCACAUCUCAAACUUCAACCUCGCCAACCUGUUCAACCGAUGUUACGUUGAUCGUCUUUCACUGCCAUCACUCGACGGUGCCCCCACCAUUCAGCCCGAUCUUUCUGAUAUUACCUGCCGAGACGCUCUAGACAUCCACUGCCUCCUCCUGAAAUCAGACACUGCUGGCACGUGUUUGCGUGUCGAUGUCUCGGACGACUCUUUGCCCUCAGAAAAACGCUAUCACCAAGCAAUGCAAGAUGUCCUAGAAUGGAUCGCGUUGGAAGGCAGCAAGCAUCGCAAUCAUGCCUGUUCUGCAUGUGUGCGAGUUCUCCCGCUGCCCUCCGAAGAUGGCAAACCAAAAUUGGGCUAUAUCCGUGCGGUGGUGACAGACGGCCUUACCAUAGGCCACUGGCGUUGCACUGCCACCCAAGAGCAGCUGCGUGAUCUCGCUUGUGAAGAUGGUUUACCCCCGCCAAAAGGGCCAUGUACAUCACCUCUCGAACGAGUUUCGGAUCGAUUCUGCCCCUUACACCAUCAGCGCCUUGGGAAGCGUUGCGUUGCUCAACCAUGCAAAAGCGACGCCCUCGAUGGGCAGGCAACCUGUGCGCUUCAAGAGCACACCGAAGCGUACUCGAAAUUCAAAGCCCAUAUCACUUCCAACUUUGCCCUGACUUCUAUGCUUAAUCGACCUGGAUCAAACCGGCCUUCGGAUCCAACUGUCCAUCAAGAUUGGAACACUGCGGAACUGGUAGGCCUUGACAACAUUCAACAAGGCGAUGAAAUGGAUCGCCUGCACGAGCAGGGACGUGAAGGCGCCGACGCGACUCCAUCUCGAAUCAGCCUGUCCCGAGCACGAACACACAAUGACCAGCUCAUCGUGGCUACCUGUGGAGUCAUCCUGGCUAGGGAAACGUUUUAUCACUCUGAGGGUGUCAGUGCAGUCCGUGAUUUCUUACUUCGAACAUUCCCGCGAAAAUUGCCUCAAGUCUGCUUCUACGACAAUGCAUGCAAGCUAGUCGAUCAUAUAUACCACGGGGGCUCGGACUCCACCCGCUUCUUGGACACUGUCAUCCCCGUGGACCCCUUUCACUUCCACUCGCACAAGGAGAGCGACGAGUUUUGCCAAUAUUAUACGGACCCAAAACUGUUCCCAGAGCUCCGAGACGCCCACGGUUGGUAUUUCAACUCUUCAGCGGGCGAGUGCAGCAAUGUCUGGUAUGGUGGUUUUGCCUCAAUGGCAAGAAACAUGCACCGCAUCCGUUUUAAUUUCAUGAUGGAAGACAUGACCGAGCGGCGAAAUGACUGGUUAAUCAAAAGGCUAUCGAAAAGGGCAGAUCUCACAUUCAUAGGAGACAUCCUUUUUAAAGGCUCAACUCUGCCACUUUUCACUAGUUAA